GAAUGGGGUAAACGCGCCCUGCUCGGCGCUCGCUGCGGACCGGCACCUGGCUCCGCGCUCCCAGAUCUGCAGAGCCUCCAUCUCGCCGCCGUCAGCUGAUUUACGUCUCGGUUCUGUGGUUCUUCCUUGUUGGUUUUUUUUUUUCCCUCCCGACCGUGCAUCUUCAUCGCCGAGGAGGAAAAACUUUCGGGGAGGGCUGGCUCUGAGUGCCCAGACGCCGCGGAGGAGAGGGGUGAGGCAGCGCGCGGGGCGAGCUUGGCGAGGCUGGCUCCAUGUAUCCGGAAUCCACCACAGACUCCCCGGCACGACUCUCGCUGAGGCAGACGGGCUCCCCCGGCAUGAUCUACAGCGCGAGGUAUGGGAGCCCCAAGCGCCAGCUCCAGUUCUACAGAAAUCUGGGCAAGUCUGGGCUGCGUGUAUCCUGCCUCGGCCUGGGGACAUGGGUGACAUUUGGAGGGCAGAUCACAGACGAGAUGGCCGAGCAGCUGAUGACUUUAGCGUAUGACAACGGCAUUAAUCUGUUCGACACGGCAGAAGUCUACGCUGCCGGCAAGGCUGAGGUUGUGCUGGGAAACAUCAUCAAAAAGAAGGGCUGGAGACGAUCCAGCCUGGUCAUCACCACCAAGAUCUUCUGGGGAGGAAAAGCAGAGACGGAGCGGGGUCUGUCCCGGAAGCACAUCAUUGAAGGUCUGAAGGCGUCGCUGGAGCGGCUGCAGCUGGACUACGUGGACGUGGUGUUUGCCAACCGGCCCGACCCCAACACACCCAUGGAAGAGACGGUGCGCGCCAUGACCCACGUCAUCAACCAGGGGAUGGCCAUGUACUGGGGCACGUCGCGCUGGAGCUCCAUGGAGAUCAUGGAGGCGUACUCAGUGGCACGGCAGUUCAACCUGAUCCCACCGAUCUGCGAGCAGGCUGAGUACCACAUGUUCCAGCGGGAGAAGGUGGAGGUGCAGCUGCCUGAGCUCUUUCACAAGAUAGGUGUCGGUGCCAUGACCUGGUCACCGCUGGCGUGCGGCAUCGUCUCAGGGAAGUAUGAUGGCGGCAUUCCUCCAUACUCAAGAGCAUCACUGAAGGGGUACCAGUGGCUGAAGGACAAGAUCCUGAGUGAGGAGGGCCGGCGGCAGCAGGCUAAACUGAAGGAGCUGCAAGCCAUCGCCGAGCGCCUGGGCUGCACGCUGCCACAGCUCGCUAUCGCAUGGUGCCUGCGCAACGAGGGCGUCAGCUCCGUGCUGCUGGGAGCCUCCAACGCCGACCAGCUGAUGGAGAACAUCGGAGCCAUACAGGUCCUUCCCAAGCUGUCGUCUUCCAUCGUCCAUGAGAUCGACAGCAUCCUGGGCAACAAACCCUACAGCAAGAAGGACUACCGCUCCUAGGCGCCCGGCACGCCGCCCCGCCGCCCGAUCGCUUGCUUACGCUUGGAUGAAGCAAAGUGGAGAGCGCGGCCCGCAUCAAGAACAGCACGCCAAGAGUGUAGAGAAACCGUUCCAAACGUCGCUGCAAGAGAACAUAACGCUUACUACAUAACAUUUACUUUGAAUGCAAGAAAGCCGCCGCCGGGGAGAGUGCUGGGCAGCGCGCGCCCGCGCCUGGACUCGGAGCCGCGGGGCG